GUACCAGCAGGCGUCCAUUAGGACAUCCAAAGCUUUGCGAGGCGGGAGCUGCGAGCAUUCCAGGGAAGGGUGACAUGACGGAAGUGGUUGAUCUCAUCGGCCACUUCGGUCCCUGGCAAGCCUGCUUGGUGGCCUACAUCACCUACCGCGGCAUACUGACGGGUCUCAACAACCUGGCGUACGUGUUCUCGUCACCGAUAACGAGCACUGGUGCUCGCGCCCGACUCUACCGGAUGGCCUACUCGCGAACGUCAGCGACGCGGAAUGGAAGGAACAAUUCAUCCCGUACGACAACGUGUCCGGGUCGCACAGUCAGUGCUCCAUGUAUGGCUUGCUGCAGAAUUCGACGAACGGUGAGAUUGUGCCGGACUACACUUCGCUCAAGAGUUGUGAGGCGUGGACGUACGACGAACACGUGUUUGGACACACGAUGACGGAUGAGUGGAAUCUCGUGUGUGAAAAUACGUGGAAGCGGUCCCUUAUACAAAGCACAUAUAUGGCUUGCUUGAUGUUGGGAAUACUUGUCAUCGGUAACGUGUCAGACAGAUUUGGACGAAGGAUCGUCUCACUCUUCAGCACCAUUUGCUUGUGCGCUUCGUCAUUUGCACUUACCUUCAGUUCAAGUCUUACCUUCUUUCUGGUCGGAAGAGUUGGUGUGGCCGUCGCCAUAUCUGGACUCCAGGUGGCCUGCUUCAGUCUGCUCGCAGAAACCAUUGGACCUAAAUUUCGCAUAGCACUGAACGUGUGCUAUGGCUAUGGAUGGAUAAGCGGCCUCCUCCUUCUGCCCGGCAUUGUGUGGCUCGCCCAGGAUUGGAGGAAACUGCUCAUCGUUCAAGCAGCCUUCGCAGCGCCUCUCUUGUGUGCCCUCCCAUGGCUGUACGAGUCACCCAGGUGGCUCGUAAGCGUGGGAAAACAAGCCGAAGCGGUCGAAGCAAUCCGCAAGAUUGCGUGUUUCAAUAAGAAGCAACUUCAAGACGUCGAGAAGGAAGUGGACAGUCUGAUGAAAAGGAAGCAGAACGCUAUGCAAGGCCACCAGAGCAAUGUGUCAGUCAUUGGACUUUUCAAGACUAAAUACCUGCGAAGAAACACACUGGUGCUAGUCACCGUCUCGUUUCUUUCUUACAUAGUGUACUACGGGUUUGCGAGGACAUCUACUACGCUCGGAGGAAAUCCGUACCUCAACUUUGGCAUCGCCGCCGGACUGGAGUGUGCAGGCUACACGGUGUCUCUGGUGACGACCAAAUACCUCAGGAGAAUUCCCACCAUGGUUUCGAGCUACGGGUUUUUUAGCCUCACUCUACUCAUCACCGCAUUCACGCCGAGAGAAUAUAUGGCCGUGCGAACGACCAUCCGCAUGACGGGAUGGUUCACGUACACUUUGGGCUACACAACGCAGUUCGUGUUUAUCAACGAAAUGUUCCCCACCGUCGCUCGGAGCGGAGGCUUCGGACUGUGCACAACUGUCGGCCGCUUGGGGGCUGCUGUCGAACCUUGGAUCAAUGUGUUUCUGAUGUCAUGGGGGGAGAAAAGUAUCCUUAUUCUCUACUCAGCGAUGCUUUUUAUCAUAUCAGCUGCCAUGAUUCUGCUGCCAGAAACGUUAGGCAGUCCACUGCCGGAUACACUGGAAGAGGGCGAGCUCUACUCAGCGCUCAAGUUAUCGAAGAAAAUGAAGACGGCGAGAAGAAACAGAGAUUCUUACAACGUUGUCGAAACCGAGGACCGCGAGGCGGAGAACAAGAUCUGAGCCGGAUUGUGUGGGCGUACGAGAAACAAAGAACUACACUGUGAAUAAAGACCAAAAAAAUAU